UCAAAGACGCUCAUUGUUAAAAGCACCCUGCGUCACUUCCUCUUUCCUCUUCGACCACCGCCAUAGUCGGGAAAGGACUGUGGAAAAAAUGUCGUCCCACAAGACUUUCAGGAUCAAGCGCUUCCUCGCUAAGAAGCAGAAACAGAACAGGCCGAUUCCACAGUGGAUCCGAAUGAAGACCGGUAACAAGAUCAGGUACAACUCCAAGAGGAGACACUGGAGGAGGACCAAGCUCGGCCUGUAAGCUGGAUGGUUUGUGGAUCGCAGCACCAUCCUCCCAGUACCUCCAGCUGCUGAGCCUAACUGCAGGGAGGGAUCCAAGUCAUCUGGAGCAUCAGUUAUUUUGUACAGAUACUGAUUAUCUCAUGUUUGACAAUAAAAAUAAAUCAGUGAUAAAACUUGAAA